UCCUGGUCCUCCAGCGCUAGAGGGCGGCCUGUGGGUCUCUCUGUGUGUCUAUCAAUGGAAGGGCUGGCCAGCAGCCUCUCUUUCUCUCUCUCUCGGUGGCCUUGCAGCACCUCCUCCUCCUCCUCAUCGGGGCCUCUCUCUUCUUCCUGCUCUGGAGGCAGCAGGUAGAUGGUUAAAUGCAAUUGUAUCAAUAACAGAAGGAAGAGUAAACAUGAGAAUAGCAGGAGCUGCAAAAUUGGUGGUAGCGGUUGCUGUGUUCUUGCUGACGUUUUAUGUCAUCUCUCAAGUAUUUGAAAUAAAAAUGGAUGCCAACCUUGGAAGCCUGUUUGCAAGAUCACCGCUAGACCUACCUGUACGUUCUACAAAGCCGCCAAGAUAUAAAUGUGGAACUUCAAAAGCUUGUCCAGAGAAUCAUUUUGCUUUCAAAAUGGCAAGUGGAGCUGCCAACGUAGUGGGACCUAAAAUUUGUGUAGAAGAUAAUGUGUUGAUGAGCGGAGUUAAAAACAACGUUGGGAGAGGCAUCAAUAUAGCUUUGGUAAAUGGCAAAACUGGUGAAACUGUGGACACAAAGUACUUUGAUAUGUGGGGUGGAGAUGUCGCCCCAUUUAUUGACUUCCUGAAGAAAAUUGAAGAUGGAACUAUUGUACUAAUGGCAACCUAUGAUGAUGGUGCCACUAAGCUUAAUGAAGAAGCACGGAAACUAGUAUCUGAAUUGGGCAGCUCCUCCAUCACAAACCUUGGCUUCAGAGACAAUUGGGUUUUCUGUGGUGGGAAAGGGAUCAAGACUAAAAGCCCAUUUGAACAGCAUAUUAGAAACAACAAAGACACAAACAAAUAUGAAGGCUGGCCAGAAGUUGUGGAGAUGGAGGGUUGCAUCCCACAGAAGCUCGACUGAAGGAGUAUUCAAAUGGACAUGUACAAUGCCGAGAACAAUGGAGGGGGGAAAUGCACUUUCUGGUAGAUAGUUCUGAAGAGAGAAUACCAUGGGUGGCCAUGUUCCAUCUAGGAUGGACUCUUGCACAGCCCAUAAAAAUGAAAGGGAGCUGUGCAAGAGUGUGAUGAGUUGCACCAGUUCAUUUCAAUGGAGUGUGAGCAGGAACAUGUCCUGCUGGAUUGUCCCCUGUGUAAAUAUUUUUCAGGCAUGUUUCCACCUUAGAAUGUGCAUGGGCAUUGAUUUAAAAAAAAUCUGGCUUAUUUAUUGCUAAAACAGAGAUCCCCUUUUUUGUAAAUAGAUCCCAAAGGAACAAAAUAUGAUAAUUUCUAAGCACCUUUGUCCUUUUCCUUAUUCCCCCCUCUCCACCCACAUCUGCCCUUCUUUACAUACUUCUGAAACACAGUGUUCAGGUUAUUUUAUGGUAAAUGUCUUUUAUAACUACCAUCACAGGCAAGUUAAUAUACCCAGUGAAUAGCAGAGCUGAUCUUCAGACACUUUUCUUUUUUCCUCAAAAAAUUACAACAUCACUGUAAGUCCUUAUCUUUAGUGGAAUUUGUAAAUUUUAACACUCCAGAAUUGACGACAAUUAUUUUUAUGCUCUGUCUGUUUGAAAGCAGCAUUCUGUGAUCCCCUUCCAGUUUUGAAAUAGAUAAAGGAUGAAUGUUUGAUACAAAAAUGUAGGCCUGUUAUAAAGAAGCACAAUUAAAUCCUUUUCCUUAAAACAAAA